AUGAAUGAGCAUGCGGAUUCUAGGGAUACAUGUUCUAACAGUCAGCUAGGAGACAACGAGGACGGCGGUAAUGUUCUGGACAAAGAGCACCUUCUGGAUAUGUCGUCCGAAUCCAAUACGAACAGUCUUUUGGUGGAAUUCAGUGAAGGAGAUCCGGGAAGCCCGUUCAACUGGAGUAGGGGGAAGAAGCUAUGGCAUACCGCGAUUUACGGUCUUGCGACGUUCUCAGCGCAGUUCAAUUCGACGACCACCUCGCCCUCCGUAUCACAUCUGGGUGAGUACUUCAAUGUGAGCCGAGAAAAGGCACUGUUAGCAACGUCGUUGUAUGUGCUGGGAAUAGCUUUUGGACCGAUGUUCUUUGCACCGCUGUCAGAGAUGUAUGGUCGGAAGAUUGCGAUAUUCGGAUCGCUGCUAGUUUCGAUGGUGUUUACUUUGGGAUCAGCUAGUUCGAAAGACUUUGCCAGUCUAUUAGCGACGAGGUUUUUUGCCGGAUUCUUUGGGGGUAGCCCGGUUGUGUCGUCUGGAGGUGUUCUGUCAGAUUUUUGGUCGAUCCGUGUGAGAUCGAUUGCCAUGGUAUUUUACGCGAUGUUUGUUGUGUGUGGUACAACAGUGGGACCGGUUAUUUGUUCUUUGUUGACAUUUCAAGUUGGCGGCUCCGACGAGUGGCGAUGGCCACUGUGGUUCAGUUGCAUUGUGCAAGGGUUCAUCAUGGUUGUUGCCGUUUUCACGGUUUCUGAGUCACACUCCGGGGUUUUGUUGGCUUACAGGGCCAAGAAAAUCCGGAAGAGGACUGGAAAUUGGGCCUACCAUGCGAAACAUGAAGAGUGGGAUCUGGACCUCAAUGAGUAUUUGAGUACUCAUUUGAUAAGACCAUUCGCUAUGCUUGCAACUCCAAUUGUGUUUUUUCUGGCGCUGUUCGCCAGUUAUGUUUUCGGAAUAUUGUAUCUCAUUGUGACUUCACUGCCACUGACCUUUAAGAUGACAAGAGGUUGGGAGGGUACCCUUGGAAACUUGCCGAUGUUAGCUGUCCUCGUUGGCGUGAUUCUGGGCGGUGUAGCUAAUGUGUGGGGAGGGCUCAGAUACAGAAGGAUCCUGAUAGCAAAUAAAGGUGUUCCCAUUCCGGAGGAGAGGUUUCCGCCUAUGAUGAUGUUCGCAUGGUUAAUGCCUACUGGGCUGUUUAUAUUCGCCUGGACUUCGUGGGCCCAUGUUCACUGGAUUGCUCCCUGUAUCGGGUUGUCCUGCAUGGCUUUUGGAUUUUUCGUUAUUUUUCAGGGCUGUCUCAACUACUUGGUGGACGCCUUUACGAAGUAUGCGGCCUCUGCAAUAGCUGCAAACACCUUUUUCAGGUCAAUUUUGGCUGGUGUGUUCCCAUUGUUCGGGUCUGCUCUAUUUGGUAAUUUGGGGGUCCAUUGGGGAGCUUCUACAAUUGCCUUUGUUGCAUUGGGAAUGAUUCCCAUUCCGUUUGUGUUUUAUGCAUUUGGUUCCAAGAUUCGUUCCAAAAAUCCCUAUUCUAAGAGGAUAGACUAA